UGGAGUAGGGCCUCCCACAUGCCAUGAUUGUGAGAUAUGUCAAGAAGGCAUUCUCAAUCAUACCAACUCACCCCAUUUCGUAUCAGGCAUCAACCAAGUGAGAGGAGCUCUGCAAAUAAACCAUUUUCAUCCAUCAUACACGCACCAAGUUAAGGGAGGAAGAAGAAAGGGAAAAGAGAAGAGAAAAGAGGAGUUUAGGUGGGAAAACUUGUGUUUAACAAGGUAUUCAAGGAACUUUCACGGAGUUGAAAAGGUCGCCGGAGUGGUCGUCGGAGUUCGUUGAAGUUCGUCGGAGUUUCGCCGGAGCUAAAUCGGGAAGGCUAGAACUUCAUAAGCUCCAUUAAGGACUGUGUCAAAGAAAUAAUUGCUGUUGCACAGAAGUUCAGCGAUGCUUUUGUGGAAUUCUCAAAACUUCCAACAACAAUUUCUAAAAGAUUUCCCAAUUCCGAUAUCUUGAAAAAUAUAUACUUGACAACAGCUGAUUACUUCUUCAGACAAGCUAAUGGCAGUGCCAAGGAAUCAGAAAAAGAGAGGUUGGCAGAAAAGUGCACUCUUGAUGAGAACGAUGAUUUUUUCAAUAUACCAGGAGUAAUGGAAGCCCUAGAUAGAUUAGAAAAAGCUGCUUAUCUGAAGUUCUCAAUGCCUUCAUUUGAUCUGGGCAUUGAGUUCAGCAUGACACAACCUUCUCAAAAUGAAAAAAAUUCAACAAAUGAGAAUCCAGAUGCUCAAAUGACUGAAGACCCAAUAAUGAAGAUUGCUAGAAACAUAGAAGAAGAAAACAACAAAGAUGAAAUGGUUGAGAUACUUGAAGGAGGAGUGAGGGAAGCAGAAUAUAGAAAUCAAGAGGAUGUUGUAACUGAAGAGCAAGAAAAUGUAGAAGAAGAAGUGAAGAUGACAGCACCUGUGGAAAAAAAGGCAGAAGCUGAAAAAUACAUCUAAGGCAGCUGAUACAGAAUGGAAAUUCAGGUCACCAUAUCUCAAACACAACCACAGGCUGUGCAAGGAGAUGAGGAAGGAAGAAAAAAUGGUGAUUGACUAUGCAUUUUCAAAGGAAGUUGUAAAGUAAGAUGUUCUUUAUUAUAUAUAUCAUUAUUCAGGUGAUUAUGCAAGAUGUAACUUCGGUUAUACUUUAUGCAAAAAGUGUAUAACAACUAUGUAACUCGUGUGA